AUGGUCCGGGGAGAGAGGACGUUAGUGAGAGCAUGGAGAGAAAUGGCAGGUGGUUCUUACUCCUCGGUGGUCAAUUCUUCUAAGGAAAUUUUUGAUGGUGCCAUUGGGCCGGCCGAGAUUUUUGAGAGUAGGGCUAGCAAGGCCCAAGAUCCAUGGCUCGGUCCUUUGUUCGGACAACGAACCGAGCCAAAACCCACCGAACUCGUGGAAGACAAGCAGGCGUGUGGUCAAGGUUAUGAAGAAGAUCGUGUAUGUAAUAGUUGGGGUAUUCGAUCCUAUUAUAACGAGAGAAGUCUAACUUUACCAAUUUGGGAGCCAAAUUCGCAUUGGUCCCAUCACGGCUUGGUAUGCCUUCGUAUCGGACCCAACCGAUUGGUGGAGGAUUCCUCCUUGGCUUAA